AUGCUCAUGAGCGCUAAGCAAACGCACGAGGCUGAAGCCUCAGAAGCUCGGGAGGCGCCCAGGGCGCGGGCCCGGGGCAUCUGCUGGGGCUGCUCCUGUGGCUCGGUGCCCCCCUUGGGCAGAGAGGCUGAGGACCGCAUUAACUUCGAGAUCACGGAGACCUUGGAGCCCGGUUGGCUGCAGAGUGUCCUCACCACCAGGCGGCGGGAGACCCAGGGCGACGAGCCGCAACCUCGCCCUACGCCGCCGCAGGAGCGUUUGAUCCCGCCAACAGAGGCCAGGCUUUUGCUGUCAGCCGCUGAGGUCCAGGCUAUUAAGGGCUUCCUUGCCAAGUGCUGGAGCUUGGGCAUCACUGCCAAGGAGUACGCCUACCUCAAGGGGAUCGUGCUCUUUACCCCGGACCUGCCAGGCCUGCGGUGUGUGAAGUACAUUCAGGGACUUCAGUGGGGAACUCAGCAGAUCCUUGGCGAACACACCAGGAUGAUGUACAGAGCGUACCAUGUCAGAGUCGCUGAACUGAAUAGCGUCCUUUUCCAGCUUAGAUUCAUCAGUGCCAAUGCUGUUACUGAACUGUUCUUCAGGUCCAUCAUCGGCGCUGUCAGCAUGGAUGAUAUGAUGCUGGAAAUGCUCUGUGCGACUUUAUAAAGGCAUCUACACAAGUGCAGUUCACCAUGAAGCGAUAAGGAGUA